CUGACGUCGAGAGGUUUCUAGAAAAUUUGUGCUAUUUCCAGUACGUGUGGGGUCAUGUGCCUGCAAGCCCAUCUGGUGAUUCCGCCUCCUCCCCACCUGUCCCGGCCCGCAUUCGCAAUUUUUGCCGUUCGGCUGGAAAAGUCUUCUCUUCCACCCUCGACCCUGAAGAUCAGCGAUGGGCCCUGCGCACCACGUCAACGCUCUGACAGCACCCCAGCGGGUCACGGGCCAUGAUCGAUGUCCAGUUCCACCGUAGCAUUGUCUCUAGCGGUCACCAGAUGUUCCC